AUGUGGAACUUUUUUGUUUUUUGCCUUUUUCUUUGUGCUGUCGUUGUUGAGAGUCAAAAAGGGGACUCGGAAAAUGCGCUGAGAAAUGGUAGCAAUAAAACAAUAACCACAACAACAACGUCAACAACUACAACAACAACAACAACAACAACAAUGCCAACAACAACAACAACAAUAACUACAACAACAACACCCAUCACUACCACCACCACUACGCCUGAAAAGAGCUCAGCUGGACUUGUGAUUGGAAUCAUUAUCGGUGUUCUCAUCUUGGUGAUCGUUCUCGCUGGUGGAUUUCAUUACUGGAAAAAUCGUCGCUCUCUCCACUUC